UGGAAUGUAUCUUAGUAACAAUGAAGUGGCUGGAACAACUUGCCGUGACGAUGUGAAUCAAACCGUCACUGUUAUGGACUCGUACGAUGACUAUGAAUCAGAACCAAUAGAAUACACAACCAUUCACGAAAUUGAUACAAUUUGCCAAAAUGUUACGUUACCUCUAAACGCAUCACACAACACCUUUUGUAAUGGUUGCCUGCAGACUCUUAGGAUUGAACAAUCUAAUAUAUCUGUGAUACCACCAUUAGCAUUUAGUCAUGAACCCAAGGUUACAGCUCUAUUCUUAUCUGAUUUAAACAUUUCGCAAAUAUUACCAGGUGCUUUUGGUCAAACAAUACUAACCCUUAUUGACCUGUCUGGUAAUAAUCUAUCAGAAAUUAGUUUAGGAGUUUUCAACUCACUUCAUAACUUAAAAGCUCUUGUUCUAUCAAAAAACAAACUUACCAUGUUACCAAACCAUUGUUUUACUGGUUUGACAAAUUUAGAAGUUUUAGAUUUGUCAUAUAACAAGUUACUUGCUUUUUAUUUCGCGGUGUUUGAUCCAAGCUUACAUACAAUGUCUAUACUGGAUUUAAGUUAUAACGAACUUCUAAAAUUUGAAGUUGACGUCAAAAUAAAUAUUAGCAAAAUCGUAUUGAAGAACAACUCCCUUCGUUCGAUGGAUUUCUGCCCAUUGAUGUUCCAUCAAGUUCAAAUGAGCAUAAACAAAAUAGAUCAACUUGUUUCUGAAAAAUGUAUUACAAACGAAACAAGAUUAAUACACUUUGAUGUUAGCUUCAACAAUAUUGAUAAAAUUGAUCCUACUUAUUUUGAAAAUGCCACAAAAUUAAUCAAACUUAAUCUAAAUAAUAAUAACAUAAGUAACCUACCGCAAGAAAUUUUUAGCAAUCUCAACAGAGUACAAGAGUUGAACAUUUCUCAUAACUCCAUUAAGACUUGCGAAUUUGGCAUUUUUGACAAUUUAAAAAAUAUUAAAACAGUGGAUAUUUCCAACAAUAAGUUAGAUGGCUAUCCCAAGUCUCUUCACUCUUUAAGUACUCUAACUAAACUCUAUCUUGAAAACAACGGCAUCUUAAAUAUAGAUCCAAAGUAUUUUGAUGACUUUCCAGUUUUGAAAGAGAUAUCACUGAGUACCAUGAACUUAUCAUGUGAUAAUUUAGUGGACUUAUUUCGUGUUCUUAAAAAAAGAAAUGUUACAAUAAUAAGCAAGGCUGUCAAGAAUGCUUCUAGUGUUCAUGGUAUUGCAUGUACAAAUCCUGAAGAAAUUGUGUCAUCAAAACUUCCGCUAUACGAAAAUGCUUCUAAUGAAGUUCUCGAAAAUGUUUUCCAGAAUUAUUUUGACAGUGGUUUCAAAAAGAGCAAUUUCUUUAAAUACCUAAAUAACUUUCAGCUAUCUAAUAGUGUGGCGAACAUACAACAAGAACCAUUUUCACCUACGGAAAAAUCAGAGUUAGAAGAAAAGUUAGAGGAGAACUCCAAAGAUAUUAAUGACCUAUCAUACCUAUUUAGGCAGUACUUAGCUAAAGAAAAUGUGAAUAAGGAUGAAAAUAAUUCGGAUGAAUCUAUAAAUGAUGUAAAUCUCGGCAGUUAUUUGAAUAGCUUAAAUGAGACUAUCGCAUCAAAAUUAACUGAUAAUAAGGCCGAUGAAAUUAUUGAUACACAAGCAAAUGAAUACGAGAAAAUUAUAGUUCUUCUUUCAAUUAAUACCAUUCUUUUUAUAUUUGUUUGUAUAUCUAUUUUGGUUGUCGUUGUAUAUUAUAUAAAAAAGCCGUAUAAAAGCGUACCACAAGAACAGGUAGAACUUGUCAGCAAAUGCUAGGUAAACAUAUAAAAUAAUUGUACCGUAUUCGAAUAUUAUACAUUCCACACAUUACCGCAUCUCUAUGAAAUCGUGGUUAAUAAUAAGCAGUAAGGCCACGUUAACAUGACAAGAGCUUAACGCGACUUCAACGCUUGUCAUGUGAACAUGACUUCAAGGAUCGUCCAUAAACUACGUCGUAGAGAAAUGGGAGGGGGACUUUGCAUAUUACGUUGGCAUAUGACAGGAGGGAGUAAGGGGCAUUAGUGCACGGUUCUUAGACAUACUGACAUACUACGGUUGCCUAGAUCGACAGUGGUGGGGAGACUUCAGUUUUUGACUUUACGUCACAAGAGUACAGAAUCCCAUAUUUUUAAAUGAUUUUCGAUCAUCGAAUUUGUGUUAUUGUGUAUACAUGUGUACUAUUUGUGUUAUUAUUAAAUAAUAAGACAAAUAAUACACAUUUUAUCUUAUACCGUGUGGUGAAUCGUAAAACGGGACAUAGGAAACUCAAUGUAAAAUUCUAAACUGCUGAAUUCCUGCUUCCCUAAUUAUUU